GUCAGAGUUGAAGCUUCUGUGGAACUUUCUGUACUGGCCAGUGAGGCAAAUGGGAAGUGGAGUGGGAACAACACUGAAGUGGGACCCAGGACCUGGGCUCCAGCUCCGGGUCUCCUUCUUAGUGUUUCCCUGUUUCCUCACCAAGAAGCAAUAGCCCAGAGCUUUCCCAAGGACACAACAAGGGGCUACGUGAUAGAGGCAUUUACUAUAAAGCAGGCUUUAUUCCUUGACUUGUUAAUGAUUCAUUAGCAGAAAGAGAAUCUGGUGACUGAUGACAUAUGUACAAAAGUAUGAAACAAUUUCCUUCCUCUUUUCGAAGUUCAUCUCCUAACCCUCAUUGGACUCUGGCCCAGAUCUGAGACGACUUUGAAGACCCAAAUGUUUCAGAAUGUAUAUCCUCGAGGCCGAUGGCUGUUUCAACCACUGACACUUUUGCUGGUGUUGGCUUCUGCAGAAAGGCAAACUGAUCUCCCAAAGGCUGUGGUGAGACGCGAGCCCCCAUGGAUCCAGGUGCUCCAGGGAGACCUCGUGACACUGACAUGCGAGGGGGCCCGCAGCCCUGGGAACCACUCCACCCAGUGGCUCCACAGCGGGAGCCCCAUCCCCGCCGAGGUCCAUCCCAGCUACAGGUUCACAGCCGAGAAAAAUGACAGGGGAGAGUACCGGUGCCAGAUGGGCGGGACCAGCCUUAGCGACCCUGUGCAUCUGGACGUGAUUGCGGACUGGCUGCUGCUCCAGACCUCCCAACCAGUGUUCCAGGAGGGGGACGACAUUGUGCUGCGGUGUCACAGCUGGAAUGACAGGCCUUUGGGAAAGGUCACAUUCUACCACAAUGGAAUAGCCAAGAAAUUUUUCAAUUUCAAUAGCAAUUUCUCUCUCCCACGAGCAAACCACAAUCACAGUGGUGAUUACCACUGCACAGGACAUAUAGGAAUGACACCCCACAAAUCACAGCCUGUGACCAUCACUGUCCAAGAAGGUCCUGAAAUUCCGAUUCCAUCCAUCUCUCCUCCUUGGUACCAAGUCAUUUUCUGCCUCGUGAUGGGAUUGCUGUUCUCAGUGGACACAGGGCUGUAUUUCUCUGUGCAGAGAGACCUUCGAAGCUCAAUGACAGAUUGCAAGAAUGAAGUCAGAUGGUACAAGGACAUUCGGGACAAAUGACUUCUCAUCCUAUGGCAUAAUGGCAGUGACAGCUACAUCCCAUAGCCCACACUUUGCUUUCUCCUGUAGCUCCUUCUUGAAAGUCACCUUGGCUAAAGAAUCAUCUUUUUUUAGUCACUUCUUUGCUCAAGCUAUUAAAUAGCUUCCCCGUGGGCAGGUGAUGUAGCUCAGUGGUGCUGCGCCUGCCUGGCAAGUGCAAAGUCGAGUUUGAUCCCCGGUACUGGAAAAAACAAAAUAACUUCCCCUUGUACUCAGAGUAAAAGCUAAAGCCUUUGCAGUGUACUGCAAGAUGCUAAUGUGAUCUUGCUCCUCAUUCUUUCUCUAAUCUCAUUUCCUUCUGCUUUGCCAUGCUUAUUCUUGGUUACUCUUGUCCUUUUUUAGACACAUGCAUUGUGCUUCAGCACAGCUUUUGCUGUUUCCUGUUUCAGGAAUGUUAUUUCUUACAGAUACCUAUGUCAUGCUUCAUCAUGACUGUUAUAGUUCGAAUUCAUUUUGAAGCUUGGUCCUCAGUGCCGAAGUGUUGGAGUAGGUUAGCUAUCAUGAAAAUUUGGCUAUUUUCUCUCUUCCCAGUGCCAUGCUUGCCCUUGCACAUUUCUGUUGGGCAUGGAGCACAUGAGGCUUUCAUCAGAAGCCAAGCUGAUGUGGCCACCUGAUCUUGGACUAGUCUCCAGAGCUGUGACCUAAAGAAACCGCUUUUCUUUACAAAUCACUGAGUCUCAGGUGUUUUGUUACAGCAACAGAAAUUAGACCAAGACAAUACCAUUUAGAUCUUUACUCAAAUGUCCCCUUAUCAGUGGGUUCUCUUUGAUCAUUUAGUAUAAUUCUAUUCAUCAUACUUCUAAUUCUCCCCACCUGUUUUAUUUUUUUUACAUUAUACUUAUCACCAAUCGAUGUGCUUACUGUAUGCUUACUUGUUUAUUGUUUGGCACUCCCCCAUUUGAAUAUGAGCUCCAAGAGAGGCCUUUGUCUAUUUUAUUCACUAUAUGCUUAAGGCCUGGUUCAGUGUCUGUCCAUGAUAUUGGAUUCAAUAUUUGUGGAAUUAAUAAAUUCUUAAAAGUUUGAAAUCAGAGUCCUUUUGAACCUGGAAAAUCCUCUUCUUUUUUUUUUCUUGGUACUGGGGAUCAAACUUGGGACCUUGCACUUGAGAGGCAAGCAGCAGAACCACUGAGCUAACUCCCUGGCCUGAACCUGGAAAAAUCCUUAGAAACAAGGCCAUUCACUCUCCUUAUUUUAAAACCAAAGAAGCUGUAGCCCAGAUAGGUGAAAUGACUUGAUUUAAAACAUACAGAUAAUAGGGCUAGGGAUAUAGCUCAGUGGUGUUGUGCCUGCUGGCAAGUACAAAGUCCUGAGUUCAAUACCCGGUACCAAAAACAAAAACCAAAAAGACACCCCCCAAAAACCAAACAUACCAAUAAGAUGUAUUCUGGAAAGUUACAAAUGCCCUAUGAUGAAUGUGAUCAAUAUGUGUAACAAAUACGUACUAGUAAAAAGGACAAAUAUGUACUAAUAAAAAGAAUAAAGUUUAAAAAUAUGG